AAUACUAAUUUCAUGAAAAAAUUUUUAAAAAAAUUGAAUUGACAUUAAAUAAUCUUUGCCUGUUUUUCUGCACAAUUGGCACCUUCCUUAGCCCUCUUUUCUUAUAUAGACCCCCUUCACCUCCUCCUAGCUUCCCUCACUCCUCUUCUUCUCUUUCUCUCUCUUCACUUCUUUCCCUCUCUAAAUUUACUCCUUUUUCAACUAUCUCUCCUCAUUUUCUUGGUGGGUUUAUCAAUUUUUAGUGAUAAAUCACACCAACAUUGUGUUAAUUUCACAAGUAUAGCAGCAAUCUUACACUUUUUGUUUUUUUUGGUGAAAAAAUUUCUGGGAAUUUUUGCCAGAAUUUGAAGAAGUGGUAUAGUAUUGGAUUAAUCAAUGAAGAAAAUGAAAAUGGGUAGUUUGUUUGUUUUGGUACUAUUGUGUGUUCCAAUGGUGUUUGCUGCUCAUAACUAUGGUGAUGCCUUAAGUAAGGGCAUUCUGUUUUAUGAAGCCCAAAGAUCUGGGGUACUUCCCCAUAAUCAAAGGGUCACUUGGAGAUCUCAUUCUGGUUUAAAUGACGGCAAGACCAGCGGGGUGGAUCUGGUGGGAGGAUACUAUGAUGCAGGUGACAAUGUGAAGUUUGGACUACCAAUGGCGUUUACAGUAACAAUGAUGUCAUGGAGUGUCAUUGAGUAUGGAGGACAAAUGGCUUCUAAUGGUGAACUUGGCCAUGCUCUUGAAGCUAUUAAGUGGGGUACUGAUUAUUUUAUUAAGGCCCACCCUGAGCCCAAUGUUCUUUAUGGAGAGGUUGGAGAUGGUAACACUGACCAUUACUGUUGGCAAAGGCCAGAAGAUAUGACCACUGACCGAUCCGCCUACAAGAUUGACCCAAGCCGACCCGGUUCGGAUCUUGCUGGUGAAACAGCCGCCGCCAUGGCUGCUGCCUCCAUCGUCUUUCACCGCUCUAACCCUGCUUACGCCAGAGAACUUCUUACUCAUGCUCGUCAGUUGUUUGAGUUUGCUGACAAGUACAGGGGCAAAUAUGACAGCAGUAUUACUGUGGCUCAGAAGUACUAUCGUUCAGUCAGUGGUUAUGCGGAUGAGCUACUAUGGGCUGCUGCAUGGAUGUACAAGGCAACCAAUGACCAAUACUACUUGGGCUACCUUGCCAAAAAUGCUGAAGCUUUGGGUGGAACUGGCUGGGCAAUGACUGAAUUCGGGUGGGAUGUCAAGUAUGCCGGUGUUCAAGUCCUCGUUUCCAAGUUCUUGAUGCAAGGCAAGGCAGGACCCUACAGAUCAGUAUUCGAGAGAUACCAGCAGAAGGCAGAAUACUUUUUGUGUGCAUGCCUUGGGAGGGGAAGCAAAAAUGUUCAGAAAACACCCGGUGGACUAAUCUUCCGUCAGAGGUGGAACAACUUGCAGUUUGUCACCGGUGCAUCCUUCCUUCUCACCGUUUACUCAGACUACCUUACCUCUGCUCACUCAAGCAUGCAGUGUUCUGCUGGUCGAGUUGCCCCAACUGAGCUCUUCUCAUUUGCCAAGUCUCAGAUUGAUUACAUCCUUGGAGACAACCCAAGAGCAACAAGUUACAUGGUGGGAUAUGGAAGCAACUACCCACAACAUGUUCAUCACCGAGCUUCAUCCAUUGUUUCCUACAAGAAGAACCCCACAUUUGUCACUUGCAGGGGAGGUUAUGCAACUUGGUAUGGCAUGAAAUCAAGUGAUCCCAAUGUUCUUACUGGUGCUACCGUUGGUGGGCCUGAUGCCUAUGAUAACUUUGCUGAUGAAAGAGACAAUUACGAGCAAACUGAGCCAGCUACCUAUAACAAUGCUCCUCUUAUUGGUGUUCUGGCUCGUCUGACUGGUCACAGUGGUUACAACCAGCUACUUCCAGUUCAAAUACCAAAUGUUAAGCCAACACCGGCACCAAAGGCCAAACCAACUCCUGCACCUAAGGCAAAGCCUACUCCUGUGCGAAAGUUCUAUCCUACUCCAGCACGACAAGUGAAACCAGUUCAUGCUCCAGCUUCAUCAUCUGCUCACCUUUCCAUCAACCAGAAGGUCACAACUUCCUGGGUUCACCAAGGAAGAACAUACUACAGAUACUCCACAACAGUGACUAACAAGUCUAACAAAACAAUCAAGGACAUGAAGCUGUCUAUUAACAAGCUUUAUGGUCCUGUUUGGGGUCUUUCAAAGUAUGGAAAUACUUACAGCUUCCCAGCAUGGAUGAGCGCCUUAUCAGCUGGAAAGAGCCUUGAGUUUGUUUACAUCCACGCUUCAACUCCUGCUAGUGUUUCAGUCUCAAGUUACAACCUUUCCUAAGGAAAAACGGCUGUAAGUUCAGCAAGAACAGGAACACAAGUUUAUUUUUCAUGAACUUGGGGUUGAUGUAACAAUUGUGCAGCGUAUACUAGAAUCCAGUCAAGUUAUUAUCCUUUUUCUUUUUCUUUUUGAGUUAAUAGUUCUACAUAUAUCACUGGAUGAUAAUAGGGCUGUAGGAGAAGAAAGCUUUAGGGUAAAUAAGAGUGUAAGGUUGGAGGACGAAAGGUGUGAAGAGACGAAUUAAAUAUGAGUGCUCAUCCUCUUUCUCCUCGCCUUCGCUGCUUAUAUAUAUAGAAUUUGCAAGAGUAAGAUGUGUAAAAGAGAGAAGAGUGAGAAACUUGUUGGGAGUCUUUUUUUAGUUCCUUUCAUGUAGUUCUAUAGAGAGUGCUUCUAAGGUGUGACUUUUUCGUCAUGUUUUGUGUUUGACGUUGUAAACUCUACAACAUUUUAUUUUCUUUUCUGGUUUGAAUGAGUAUAGAUUUCAGCAUUUGUGUAA